UCCCUCCAGUGAUCCGAGUGUAUCCAGAGAGUCAGGCUCGAGAACCAGGGGUAACUGCAAGUCUCAGGUGCCAUGCAGAGGGCAUACCAAACCCUCAGCUUGGCUGGCUGAAGAAUGGAAUUGACAUUACACCAAAGCUGUCCAAACAACUCACACUACAAGCAAAUGGCAGCGAGGUUCAUAUAAGCAAUGUGCGCUAUGAAGAUACAGGAGCAUACACUUGUAUCGCAAAGAAUGAAGCAGGAGUGGAUGAAGACAUCUCUUCUCUUUUUGUGGAAGAUUCUGCCCGAAAGACCCUAGCUAACAUAUUAUGGAGAGAAGAAGGUCUGGGAAUUGGCAACAUGUUCUAUGUUUUUUAUGAAGAUGGAAUCAAAGUGAUACAACCCAUAGAAUGUGAAUUUCAGAGGCACAUUAAGCCUAGUGAAAAGCUCCUUGGACUUCAGGAUGAAGUCUGUCCGAAAGCUGAAGAAAAUGAAGUUCAGAGGUGUGUGUGGGCAUCAGCUGUUAAUGUCAAAGACAAGUUCAUUUAUGUUGCACAGCCAACUUUGGACAGAGUCCUUAUCGUUGAUGUGCAGUCCCAAAAAGUUGUUCAGGCAGUGAGCACAGACCCUGUGCCAGUCAAAUUACAUUACGACAAAUCACAUGAUCAGGUUUGGGUACUAAGCUGGGGCACCAUGGAAAAGACUUCUCCAACAUUGCAAGUAAUAACCCUGGCCAGUGGGAAUGUGCCCCACCACACUAUUCACACCCAGCCAGUGGGAAAGCAGUUUGACCGAGUGGAUGAUUUUUUUAUCCCCACGACAACACUCAUCAUCACCCAUAUGAGGUUUGGAUUUAUUCUUCACAAAGAUGAAGCUGCACUACAAAAAAUUGAUCUUGAAACCAUGUCAUACAUCAAGACAAUUAACUUGGUGGACUAUAAGUGCAUUCCUCAAUCAUUGGCAUAUACGCACUUGGGAGGUUACUACUUUGUUGGCUGCAGACCUGACAGCACUGGGGCAAUUCCCCCACAGCUUAUGGUGGAUGGUGUAACCGACUCAGUCAUUGGAUUCAAUAGCGAUGUGACAGGCACUCCGUAUGUCUCUCCAGAUGGGCACUAUCUUGUCAGCAUUAAUGAUGUGAGAGGUCUUGUAAGGGUCCAGUACAUUACCAUCCGAGGAGAGAUACAGGAGGCUUUUGAUAUUCACACAAAUCUGCACAUAUCUGAUCUGGCAUUUCAGCCAUCCUUUACUGAAGCCCACCAAUACAACAUCUAUGGUAGUUCAAGCACACAAACUGAUGUGCUCUUUGUGGAGCUCUCCUCUGGGAAGGUUAAGAUGAUCAAAAGUCUUAAGGAACCACUCAAGGCAGAAGAAUGGCCUUGGAACCAGAAGAACAGGCAAAUCCAGGACAGUGGCUUGUUUGGUCAAUACCUGAUGACACCUUCCAAGGACUCUCUCUUUAUCCUAGACGGACGACUCAAUAAGUUAAACUGUGAGAUCACUGAAGUUGAGAAAGGAAAUACAGUCAUUUGGGUUGGAGAUGCCUAGGAGCCCUAUUAGAUAAUUAUUGAAUGAAGAGUUUUCCAGUACAUUGCACUUAAUCCAUUGUUUAAAUUUAUAGCUUAACCUUUCAAGAUUACACUCUAGUCAAACAUAAGUUACUUGGUUGACCCAAAUAAAACAGAUUUUUUUUGCAAAGAUGAACACAAUUAGUAAUAUUUGUUGACCUGAAAUAUUUAACACAAUAUUUAAUAAGAAAUCACAUGAAUC